AUGGGCAACCCAAACUUAAAAAGAUUUACAUACAUAUUUUUAAUUUCAAAAAAUUAUUUUCUCAAUUUUUCUAUUAGUUCUGGUGAUGUUCACCCACCCUCAACAUCCUUCGGCGGUAAUAAACCGCCAGGUACUCAGGUUGGGAAUAUAGAAGAGAGAAGAGGAUCUCAAAGAGAAAAAGUUAUUUUUGAAGUAUUUCAUAAUGGACAACCUGCUGAUGCUGUUGUUGUUGGUAGUAGAAUAACUUUAGCUUUUACACCUUAUUUUGCUAUUCCACCUUCUCAUAUGUCAAUUUCUGGUUGUCAGGUUGAGCCAAUCGGAUCCCUUUAUGAUUGGGAAAAGGAGCCUCUGGCUAUUGUUAAAGAUGGUUGUCAGGCUGAUCAUGUUGGGCUUGUUUGUCCUCCACAAAAGACAGACUACGGUAUUCGGGUUACUGUAGAAGCUUUUCGUUAUCAGACAACCUGUCCAUCAGUAGAAGGCUGUCCAGGGGAUGAUAUUGUUUCUAGAACACUUGGCUCGUUUGGAGGCCGUAAACGCUCUAAACGUUUUAACGAAAAUGGGAAGAAAGGGAAAAAUAUUUCUCGUCGAGAUACAGUUCAUUGGUUGGCUGGAAGUCAACGACAAAGAGACCAACCAUUUAAAAUGUCUAGUGCUCUUCAACAACAACUAAUUUUACUUGGUGGAGAUUCUUUAGUUAGGAGAAGGUUAAUUGUUGUCAAUUCAGAUGAUGAAUUGAGGUAUUAUACACGGACUGGGGAAAUACCUUUAAUUCGUUCUGGGUUUUAUUAA